AUGCCGGCGGGCCACGGUCUGCGGUCGCGGACGCGCGACCUGUUCGCGCGCCCGUUCCGGAAGAAGGGUUACAUCCCGCUCACCACCUACCUGCGCACCUACAAGGUCGGCGAGUACGUCGAUGUCAAGGUGAACGGCGCCGUGCACAAGGGUAUGCCGCACAAGUUCUACCACGGCCGCACCGGACGCGUGUGGAACGUCACCAAGCGCGCCAUCGGCGUCGAGAUCAACAAGCAGGUUGGAAACCGCAUUAUCAGGAAAAGGAUCCAUGUCCGUGUUGAGCAUGUGCAGCCAUCCAGGUGUGCGGAGGAGUUCCGCCUGAGGAAAGUGAAGAAUGACCAGCUCAAGGAGGAAGCCAAGGCACGUGGUGAGGUCAUCAGCACCAAGAGGCAGCCGCUCGGCCCUAAACCUGGGUUCAUGGUUGAGGGUACCACAAUCGAGACCGUCACUCCCAUUCCGUACGAUGUGGUCAAUGAUCUCAAGGGUGGUUACUAG